GGGUUAUUCCGCAAGUGAUCAAGAAGGAACCGACUUCACCAUCAACAGAAGAAGAAGAAGAGAAUGAAUUGGACAAUGAACCUGUCAAUAUCCCACAUGAAUUGAUGGAAAAGAUCAAAAACCAGCCGGGUUGGGAGUUGCCCAAGCCUUCUACUAAUAUUGUAAUAGACCCGAAUCAACCGAAAGCACUAACCUGUUUUCCUGCCAAGGCCGGAGCUGUGAAUCCUGUCGAGUCUUGGAAUACAAAAUCUGCCGACAUCGCAAUCACAAUCAGGGGAGGAAAUACCACGAAAACCUUUGGCAAGCGCUGA